UGCGCGGGGCGGAGCGGGGCGGGGCACGGCCGGGGGAGGCAGCGGAGGCAGAGGAGGCGGCGGAGGCAGCAUGGAGCAGGGGCUGGCGGUCUUCGAGGGGCCCAAGGUAGAACUUCACAUCCACCUGGAUGGAGCCAUUAGACCAGAAACAAUCCUAUACUUUGGCAAGAAAAGAGGGAUUCCUCUCCCCGGCGACACUGUUGAUGACCUCUUGAAGCACAUCAGCUACAAUACGCCGCUGUCGCUUACCGAGUUUCUAGAGAAAUUUAAUCACUACAUGCCUGCCAUCGCGGGGGACCGCGAGGCGGUGCGGAGGAUCGCUUACGAGCUGGUGGAGACAAAAGCGAAGGAAGGCGUCGUCUACGUGGAGGUCCGCUACAGCCCUCACCUCCUGGCCAACUGCUCCGUCAGCCCCAUCCCCUGGGGACAAGCCGAGGGAGACCUCACUCCGGAUGAAGUUGUUCACCUCGUAAAUCAGGGACUGCAGGAUGGAGAAAGGGAUUUCCACAUCAAAGCCAGGUCUAUUCUAUGCUGCAUGCGCCAUAUGCCAAGCUGGUCUCCGGAGGUGGUGGAGCUCUGCAAGAAGUAUCGAAACGACUCCGUGGUGGCCAUAGACCUGGCCGGAGACGAGUCGCUGAAGGUGGAGGAUACCUCUGGCCAUAAGGAGGCUUACGAGGAAGCCGAACGAUGCGGCAUUCAUCGCACCGUCCACGCUGGGGAGGCCGGGCCGCCUGCCAUGAUCAAGGAGGCAGUGUAUCUCCUGAAGACUGAGCGCAUCGGCCAUGGCUACCACGUCCUGGAGGACCCCGAGCUCUACAAGGAGCUGCUGAGAACCAAAAUGCACUUUGAGGUCUGCCCCUGGUCCAGUUAUCUGACUGGAGCAUGUCUGCCGGACUUCAGGAAACACCCAGCCGUGCAAUUUAGGAAGGAUCGGGCUAACUAUUCGAUAAACACCGAUGACCCCCUCAUCUUCAAUUCCAACAUUGACACAGAUUACAGCAUAGUGAAGGACUACAUGGGCUUCACCGAGGAGGAUUUCAAGAGAAUGAACAUCAAUGCAGCUCAGUCCAGCUUCUUACCCGAGAAAGAAAAGCAGGAACUUCUCAAUACGCUGUAUGAAGCCUACGGGAUGGUGCCCAACGCAUCAUGAUGCGUCCCUGCAAGCUAGCGUGGAGCCAUGGCCCUUCUUCGUGUGUGCUCAACUCUCCUCUGGGCUGUGGGAGCGCCAGAAGGUGCCUGGGGUCAGUCUCCAUUCCUGGCAUCCCAUGUUAACCUUUACAGUGCUAAGCAGAAUCAGGCUCCUGUCAUACACACACCCCUAUCGUCCCCGUGAACCGUCUCCCAAAUGGACAUCCAGCUUCCUCUGCUGUUGUGCACGCAGACCCAAACGCCUCCCUUCAGCUGCUGGUCCCUCUGUACCAUAAACGAGAGCAGAAGGA